AGUCAAGAUAGGUAAACCAUAAAAACUCCCAAAUUCAAUGCAAAUUGAAGAGAACCCAGAACAUAUAUAAGUUCAUGGAUACAAUCUCUACCUCAACUCUUCCAUGGUUUCUUCCUCUUCUAAUCCUCGUACUCCUACUCCCUAUUCUCUCUCUACAAAUUCUUCUCAAAACAAAAUGGAAGAAACCAAACCUAUGUCCCAAGCUUCCACCAUCCCCUCCACGGCUUCCCAUCAUAGGUAAACUGUAUUGAGAAUACUAAACGACUAAUAAAAGUUUACCAGUUCAAAAGCCACCACUACCAGAUUAGGGAGAGAGAAACUUUUUUUUUUUUAGAGAGAGAGAUAGUGAAUACUGUUUUCAUUACAGAUGUGUUUCUUUUAAGACAACCCAGAUUUACAGGCAUUAGCGAAACCGAAUCUUCUUUUGUAGUAUUCGAUUCUCAAUUCUUUUCUUGCUCCUCGGAAGCCCGAACGGUUUGAUUCUUCUCGGAGGUUAUAAAUUUCAUUAGAAACCUGAUGCUGGAAUCUUCUGCAGAGAUCAAGCUCACUCAUACAUUCAGUGAGGAGAACGCAUUUUCGUGCAUUGAGAACUAGGAAUACAGUCUCACAUAAGAGAAGCCAUGUUUUUCGGGCUGAAGCUGGUUUUUGGAGUUCUAAUAUUGGCUUGUUUGCAUUCUUUUGUAUCAUCUGAUGCACAAGGGGAUGCCCUCAUUGCUUUGAAGACUUCUCUGAAUGCUUCAGCUAAUCAGCUCUCAGAUUGGUAUCAAAAUAUGGUAAAUCCAUGCACUUGGACCAAAGUAACCUGUGACAAGAACAAUAAUGUCAUUUAUGUAUCAUUAUCGGAUUUGGGUUUUUCUGGAGUCUUGUCCCCUAAAAUCGGAGCUUUGAAGACCCUUCAAACACUUGUACUGCAACGAAAUGCCAUAACUGGUGAGAUACCGGAGGAAUUUGGAACUUUGACAAGCUUGACUAUGUUGGAUCUGGAUGAUAACUGUUUAACUGGUGAAAUACCACCUUCUCUUGGCAAUCUCCCAAAGCUUCAGUUAUUGUAUUUGAGUCAAAACAAUCUCACGGGGACCAUCCCUGACUCACUCUCAAAUCUUGCAAGCUUGACUGAUAUUCAGCUUGGUUCGAAUGGUCUGAGUGGUCAAAUACCUGGGGGUUUAUUCAAAGUUCCCAAAUACAAUUUUACAGGAAACCAUUUGAAUUGUGGCAUAAAUGGUUCCCAACGUUGUGCAUCUGGUAGUGUCGGCUCUUCUAAUAAAUCGAAGAUUGGAACUGUACUUGGAAUCAUUGUUGGAAUUGUAUGUCUUCUUGUUGUUGGAGGCCUGCUGUUACUCUUUUGGAAGGGAAGGCAUAAGGUAUACAGGCGUGAAGUUUUUGUCGAUGUCGCAGGUGAAGUUGACAGAAGAAUUCCAUUUGGCCAGUUAAAAAGAUUUUCUUGGAGGGAAUUACAGCUAGCUACAGACAACUUUAACGAGAAGAAUGUCCUAGGACAGGGGGGUUUUGGAAAGGUUUAUAAAGGAGUGCUUUCUGAUAAUACAAAAAUUGCUGUGAAACGAUUGACUGAUUAUGAGAGUCCUGGUGGAGAUGCAGCAUUCCAGCGUGAAGUUGAGAUGAUAAGUGUAGCUGUUCAUCGGAAUCUAUUACAUCUGAUUGGGUUCUGCACUACACCAACAGAACGCCUUUUGGUGUAUCCCUUCAUGCAGAAUUUAAGUGUUGCCUAUCGUCUACGAGAAAUAAAACCUGGGGAGCCUGUUUUAGAUUGGUCUACAAGAAAACGAGUGGCUUUAGGUACAGCUCGUGGGCUAGAGUACCUUCAUGAACAUUGUAAUCCCAAAAUUAUCCAUCGGGAUGUUAAGGCUGCUAAUGUGUUACUGGAUGAAGAUUUUGAAGCAGUCGUUGGUGACUUUGGCCUGGCAAAGUUGGUGGAUGUAAGAAGGACUAACGUGACAACUCAAGUUCGUGGGACAAUGGGUCACAUAGCCCCCGAAUACUUGUCCACUGGUAAGUCAUCAGAACGGACGGAUGUUUUUGGUUAUGGGAUAAUGCUUCUGGAGCUUGUGACAGGUCAAAGGGCGAUAGACUUUUCACGCCUGGAAGAAGAAGAUGAUGUUUUAUUGCUUGACCAUGUCAAGAAACUGGAAAGGGAGAAAAGACUUGAUGAUAUUGUGGACCGAAACCUAAACAAGCACUACAACAUACAAGAAGUGGAGAUGAUGAUUCAGGUUGCUCUACUCUGCACCCAAUCAUCGCCUGAGGACCGUCCUUUGAUGUCUGAGGUGGUUCGGAUGUUAGAAGGUGAGGGACUGGCUGAGAGGUGGGAAGAAUGGCAACAUGUCGAAGUUAACCGUAGGCAAGAGUACGAGAGACUACAGAGAAGAUUCGAUUGGGGAGAGGACUCCGUUUAUAAUCAAGAUGCUGUUGAGUUGUCUGGCGGAAGAUGACCAGACACGGAAAUCUGAAGCAGCUACGUAUAUGAUCUCUUUGUGGUCUUAUUGCUUUUGGCAUAACAAGCAUUUCUCGUGUUCAUAUUACUGGUUAAGGUCACUUGGUUGUUGCAGCCUCUUAAUUUUGCGGGCCGUCAGUAAUUGUGUCGAUAACUAUAAUUGCCCCAUACCGGGAAGGAAAAUGGUACUUGAUUUUUUCAGAGUGAGAAUUGUAGUUAUUGUGCAGUGUUUCUCAUGUAUUUUGAUCUUGGUUCUGUGAGUUGUGUAAGUUCUAGUACUUACUGGUAUUUGGUAUUUCUUCAGGGCAAAAUGUUUUAUGUGCUACACAUCCUUAGAUCA